AAUCGCUUCUUCUUCUUCUUCUUCUUCUUCCUCUUCUACUUGGAGGUAUUCUAAGGUCGGUUGGAUCUGAAGCUUCUGCGGUGAUUGCACGAAUCUUGGGGGAUCCCUGAUGGCCGUCGAUUCGAUGGGCUACCGGAGGAUGGACGACCAGAUCGCGGUCCGGGAGGCGGCCGACGUGGGGCUUCGCACCCUGGAGCGCCUCGUCUUCCAGCUCUCGCACCAGCAGCCGCCGUCGGACUGCCGCGAGGUCACUGACCAUACCAUCGCCAAGUUUAAGAAGGUCAUCUCCGUCCUGAACCGGACCGGCCACGCCCGCUUCCGCCGCGGCCCGGCCCAGCCCGCCUUCGUACCCCCGGUUGUGGAGGACCCGGCCUUGGUGCCAGCGGCGCUCUACCACCACGCGCCCGCUCCUCCUGCGCCGGCGCCGGUGCCCCUCCCGCAGCCCCCGGCGGUUCCACGGGCCGUGACCCUCGACUUCACCAAACCGAAGGAGAGCUUCAGCGCCUCGGGGACGGUGUCGAGUUCGUCGCUCACCGGCGACGGCAGCGUCACCGGCAAGCAGGGCUCCUCGAUCUUGGUUCCCGCCGCCGCGGCCUUCGCCGUCUCCUCCGGGAAGCCGCCGCUCGCGUCGUCCCACAAGAGGAAGGCCCCCGAGCACGCCCACCCCCACUGCCCCGAGGACGCCAAGCAGGCGGCCCCCGCCGGCCGCUGCCACUGCUCCAAGAAAAGCAGGAAGAACCGGGACAAGAGGACGGUGCGCGUGCCGGCGAUCAGCUCGAGGAACGCGGACAUACCGGCGGACGAUCACUCGUGGCGCAAGUACGGGCAGAAGCCCAUCAAGGGCUCUCCCUACCCGAGGGGGUACUACAAGUGCAGCAGCGUGAAGGGGUGCCCGGCGCGGAAACACGUGGAGCGCGCGCCCGACGACCCGACGAUGCUCAUCGUGACGUACGAAGGAGAGCACCGGCACGGCCAGAGCAGGCCCGGCACAGCGCUGCCCGUCGCUAACGCGGCGUCUGGUUGACUUCGCGUUGACCGGCGUUCUGCUCUGUAGUGUUUGGCUCCUUUUUUUUUUUCCCCUCUCUUUCCCCUUUUUCUUAAAAUAGUUUUUUCGAGUUGACUUGUAAAAAGACAGCAAAGGAGAUGUUGACCUUUGACCAAGGAAAUAGCAAGUUUGGUCCAUCUACUGUAGCAUAACAUAUGAAUCCAUAUCAUGGUAACUCAAUUAGUUUGCCAAA